UUACAUCACAAUGUCUGCCAGGUGCCCUGCUCAUGUCAUCACCACCGGCCAGCCACCAUCCCAGCAGUGGAGGCCAGAGGGGGGCGCAUGGCCAGCUCCCAGUCCACCUAAGCCCCUGAAAUCCCUUUCCCCAUGGCGUCGCUGGCAGGCGCAAGCCCCCUUUCUCCGGGGAUGGCCGUGAUCAGCUGCUACGAGCGGCUGAGAAUGGAGAUCCAGGCACUGAUCACUGAGAACAAGGAGCUCAGGAAGCUAGUGGACUUGAUGAAAGAGAACCAGGAGCUGAAAAACGUCCUGCGGAACCAGUCGCUGAGCGGCGAGACGUCACUGUCCACGGUCGCCUCCAGCAGGUCCAAUGAGAGACAGCAAACCGGUGUCCUCAGCCCAGCCUCCACAGACAGCGUCCCCCACAACGUCUCGCCAUGGGACUCCAACCUCAACGACACGGUCUUCACCGAAGAGAUGCCCUUGCUCCCGCAGAGUGCCUCCUCCCCCACCAGCAGGGUCGCCCCCGUCAGCUUCCAUAUGCCCCCGACCCCACAGGACCCCCAGCGCCCACCGGACGUCAGGCCCAAGGAGAUGACGCGCAAGGUCUUCCGAGCCGCCGAUAGGCCCCAGACACAAGGGGCCACUUCCAAGCCCAGCCUGGCCAAAGGUAAGCGGCCGCUACUGUGCGGCCUGCGGGUCGUGGUCACAAGCGGGCGACUCCCUGACCGGCGUUCCUGGGGCCUUGCAGAUCACAACCAGCUAACCUGGGAACGCAUCGUGGGGGAAAUCGCCUUUCAGCUGGAUCGCAGGAUCCUCUCCAGCAUCUUCCCCGAGCGUGUGCGGCUCUACGGCUUCACCGUCAACAACAUCCCUGAGAAGAUCAUCCAGGCAUCCACCAACCCCAUCUCCAAUCAGGUGGAUGAGCAGCAGUGCACAGCGAUGACGCGGCGCUACCUGGAAAUCAUGAACCGCCUGAAGGCGGUGGGGUACAACCCAUGCAUGCACCCCAGCUUCACCGAGUACAUCGUGAACGCCUACGGCAUUCUGCGGGAGCGGCCAGAGCUGGCCGCCUCUGAGAGCGGCUCCUACAACAACGUGGACUUCCUGCGCAAGGUGGUGCUGGAGACGGUGCCCGAACCCGUCCGGGACAACGCUGUCAUUCUGCUUGAGUGCCUCGCCCAGCUGGCCAAGGAUGACGGCAAGCCCAUGUUCAUCUGGUGAGCCCAGGCCGGCCUGCCCGUGCGCCGCAGCGAGCCAAUUAAACAUUCAGCAAAAGGCCCGAUGCCCCAGAGCUUCAUUUGAGACCAACGCGGCACGAGAGCCAAUGAACUUUAGACCAACGCUCUCCGGGCCUCGUCUCCAAGCCGUGCCCAGGACCAGCCCCCGGGUAGUCUCGGCACAUUAGGUGACAGUCCCAAGGGGGUUUCUGUGAUCAAACCCGUCACAGGGCACCCAAAACUGGACGUGAUACUCCAGGUGUGGCCUCACCAGUGCCCAAUAGAGAGGAAUAAUCACUUCCCUCGAUCUGCUGGCAAUGCUCCUACUAAUGCAACUCAGUAUGAUGUUAGCCUUCUCGGCAACAA